AUGGAUAGCACUGCAGAAGACCUCGCUAGCUAUCUCGUACAGCAACUCAAAGUUAAAGUAGCUGGAGAGCGGCUCUUAGUUGCUAUCGCAGGCGUCCCUGCGUCAGGCAAAUCAACCCUGGCUGAGCUAGUGGUCGCCAAAGUCAACGCGCUUUUGGCUGCUGAUAACGUCACGCAUCCCACUUCUGCCAUUAUGGUUGCCUUGGAUGGGUGGCACCUGACACGCGCACAACUAGAUGCCAUGUUGGAUCCUAAACUUGCGCAUGAUCGUCGCGGUGCACACUGGACUUUCGACGGACCAUCUUACGUCGAGUUUGCCAAGCUUUUGCGUCAACCGGCAACUGCUGUGAUAACUGCUCCUUCUUUUGAUCAUGCCCUGAAAGAUCCUACCCCUCACACUGUGUCGAUAUACCCUUCCCACCGCCUGGUUGUGAUCGAGGGUUUAUACUCCAUGUUAAAGCACGAAAUAUGGGAGAAGGGCGCACAGCUAAUGGACGAACGUUGGUGGAUACAUGUAGAUCUGGAGGAAGCGAAGCGACGGUUAGUCAAGAGGCACGUCCUCACGGGCGUGGCUAAAGACAUGGAAGAGGCAAUAUGGAGAGCUGAGCAGAAUGAUGAGCCAAAUGGGAAGUUUAUUGCGGAAAACCUGUAUGAACCUACAAGGAUCAUCAAGAGCUUGGACGACCCCAAAUAUACCCUUUGA